AUGGUUGGCAUCCACAAUGAAGGAGAUUACUUAGUGGACCCGGAUGAAGUUGAUAUUGGCUUGGAUUCAGUUUUCAUCGAAGCUGCACGACCACCAUCGCCUGAAGCGACGUUCAGCAUCUUCCAAGGUUUGCAUAAGGAAUUCCGAAUCCGACUCGUAGGCUCACAUCCGCUCUGGGGACACCACCUAUGGAAUUCCGCGCUCUCGGUAGCUUCUUAUCUUGAACAACACCCAUUGCUCUUUCACAACAAGAACAUCCUAGAGCUUGGAGCUGGAGGAGCGUUGCCCAGUUUAGUUGCAGCGGAAUCUGGAGCUCGAAAGGUCGUGAUCACCGAUUACCCAGACCCGGAUCUCAUCCAGAAUAUCGAAUACAACGUCCAGGAGAACGUAGACGUGGCUAGGAAGGGAAACAUUGCGGUCCAAGGCUAUGUAUGGGGACACUCUAUACACCCUUUGCUCGCAUCGCUGCAAAACGAAUCUAACUCCAACGAAGAUCUGUUCGAUCUCAUCAUCCUCUCCGACUUGAUUUUUAACCAUUCACAGCACGAUGCCCUCUUCAAAACUUGCCGGCUCGCCCUCAAACCAUCACCAAAUGCAUCCACAUCUCCCUCCAACGACGACGCAACCGAGGCCUCUUCACCAACUUCCCUCCUUGAGCCAUCACUUCUAGUAUUCUACACGCAUCACCGACCACACCUCGCCCAUCGUGACAUGGAAUUCUUUGAGAAAGCGCGAGAUCAGGGAUGGCAUUGUGUCGAGGUCGUAACUCAAAAAUUCAACCCGAUGUUCCCUGAAGAUCCUGGAGAAGAGGAAGUCCGAGCGACGGUGCACGGGUGGUUACUUACCCGAUCUUCGAGAUAACCUAUAGUACAUGUUAUAGUGUUGUUUACGGUCAAUGCCCUUCUUCCUUCUGGCGUUGCUAUCAAUACUAUCACUUCCAAAUCAAACACUUGAAUGUCGGAACCUUGUGAAGAUCCCCUCGCUGAUUUUCUCAAACACACGUCCAUCUCCUUCCCUCGUCUUUUCUCGCUUUCUUUCCCUUCACCUUUUUCCGUUGCCUCGAUGAUUCUUCCGUUGGGCUUUCUCAAAGAUUUGCUUUUGCCGUCAAUGAUGUCUGGAUGACUUUUGUGGCAUCGCAUUGGAAGAUAGAUUUUGCGAAACGAUCUUCUUAUGAACCGAGGACAUGAAAUGAACAUUCCUAGAUAUCAGAUCUUUCAAGUCGUUACUUACUCCCAUAUCCCAUCUGUAGAAUCUCGCCAGACAAGGCACAUCAAACCCCAGUACCUGU